AUGACAGAAUUAUUGGGUAUACCCUUGAUAACGACGCUGAUAUACGUGCCCGUUCGAGCGACGUACGGCGAAGGAACUGAACUUACAAUGUGCUGGAUCAAGGAAUCUCGCUUCGAUAUUAUCCAGCAGAUUCCGGUAGGAGCAACGAUCUUUCUCAACCUAAUUUUCCUAAUUAACAUCGUACGUGUCGUCGUCGUGAAACUUAGAAUGGGACCGGCACACGAUGGCCAAGGGGGUGGAGGGGGCGCUUCUAGGUCCACGUUACAAGCGUUAAGGGCCACGUUGUUACUAGUUCCUCUACUAGGAUUAAAUUUUCUCCUUACACCAUUUAGACCACAAGGUGGGCAUAUGUGGGAGAAUAUAUACGAUAUAGUUUCGGCAAUAACAACUUCAUUUCAGGGUUUAUGUGUGGCCAUUCUCUUUUGUUUCUGCAAUGGAGAGGUCCAGGCACAAAUCAAAAGGAAAUGGAGAGCGGCCACUUUCAGACCAAGAGCAAAUUCUUGUACAGUAACAACGGUUUCGGUAAGUAAAUUUAUUAAUUAUUAUAAUUGUAGAAUUCCAUAG